UCAUGAUGCAAUGCGUUUUGGACAAGUGGUUGGAGCCCGAAGGCCGGGUUUAAAAGUGACUUUAAUAUCAAUUUAAACAUCAGGUUUUUUUUUAAAUUUAGUUUUAAGUUGUUGUAGAAAUCUCAAAUUAAGCUAGCUGUAUCUGUUUGAUAUGGAAUGUCAGCGGAAUUCCCCAUCUGGGAGGAAGUUUGAAGCUUCAAGGGCAUAAUUUCCUUUAAAUUCUAAGUAACAGCUUUGGUACAAAUUACUGAGCAAAGAUGAAGAUGUUUUACAGUGUCUACAGUUUGUCUCUCCUCCUUGGUCUAAUAUGUGUAACCAUGGUGGUGACCUGGAGUACUUGUUAUCGAGGAGGCUUUGCCUGGGAUGGAACAGCAAAGAUGUUUAACUGGCAUCCUCUAUGCAUGGUGUCUUGGUUUGUGCUCUAUGGGAAUGCCAUUCUUGUGUACAGGCUUCCCUUUACAUGGUCCAGCAGCAAGAUGCUGCUAAAGUUGGUUCAUGCUGUGCUGAAUCUUGGUGCACUGAUUUUGGCUGUCAUCGGGUUGUUAGCAGCAUUUGGAUUUCACAAUAAGAUGCAAAUUCCCAAUUUGUAUUCCAUACACAGCUGGGUGGGAUUUACAGUAGUCAUCCUCUUUAGCUUGCAGUGGCUCCUUGGGUUUCUGUCCUUUCUGUUGCCCUGUGCUCCACUCUGGCUUCGAGUUGCUUACAAAGAUGUGCAUAUUUUCUUUGGAAUUUGUUUCUUAACAAUGACUACUGCUGCUUGUCUGUCAGGAAUCAAUGAGAAAUUAAUCUUUGUGCUUAAUGCUGCCAACUCGUCCGCUCCCUAUAAGGAUCAUCCACCUGAAGCAUAUUUGGCUAAUAUUUUGGGGAUUUUACUGGUGUGUUUCUUCCUUUCUGUUGCCUGGAUGCUCUACAAACGUGAAUGGAAACGACCAAACCCCCACACAUCGGUACUCAAUGAAGCCACAGAGCCUCUUCUGGGUGAACAUUAAAUGAGGAAAAUAUUAAUGAAUUGCUGGAUAUAGUAGAAAGAACCUAUCUUGGGAAGAGCACAUACAUUAUGCCAUUCUAUUGAACCAAGUUUACCAAAAAUUAAUCAUCUUGGGCUCGGACUACUGAGUUGAGCACUUUAGCAUUAAAACAUUUUCUUUUGGUGGAAUCAUCAGGACAAGGUCACUGUAUCAAGUUAAUAAUUCCUUUGAAAUGGAAUUUUGAUUUAUAACUCCAUUAAUGUUCAAGGGAGAGAGAAGACUGGCCUUUAUUGCCAUACUGUGGAUCUCCAGAAACAGUCAGAAAAGGCUGAAGUUGUCAAGUAACAAAGUCAAUUAAAUGCACUCUUAAUCAACCAUCCACAUUUGAGAUCACCAACUUUUUAAUUGAGAUGAAUUGAAUCAUUACUGCAAGCAAGAAGCUUUGUACUUUUCUCCUUAAGUAGUCAAUUUCAUUAACUGACAUGCUAUUUACUACUGAAACAAAUCGCUAUUGCUGAUGGGGAAAGAACGUUUCCCAAAAAAUUAUUUUAUCACUUAAGAAUCAAUUAUUUAAACGGGUUUUAUAAUUUCCAAAGAUUUUUGCUUGAAGCAACAUGUUGAUUUUUACUUUGAAAUUUGAUUUGAAUCGUUGAAUGGAAGGUUCAAGAGACUGUUGAUGCUGGAAUCUGGAGCAGCACACCAAAUGCCAGAGGAACUCAGGUGGUCUGACAGCAUCCAUGGAGGGAAAUGUAUAGUUUAUGUUUCGGGUCGAGACCUUUCAAUUGGACUGGAAGUUGGAGGGGAGAUGGCCCGCACUGAAUUCUUCACCUUGUGGUAAUCCACUUCCCCUCUGUCCCUUUUCUCUCUAUCUAACCAACCCUCGUGACCCUUUCUUCAUUCUCUCUGCAUCACCCUCACUCUCCUUUCACUGGUUCCUCUGCUCCAUGGCUCCCAGCUGCUCUCCCCACCUUUGCUCCAUUCCAAACUUCACAUUCUUCUAUCAGAUUCUAUCAUCUUCAAUCCUUCAUCACUUCCAUUUUAUCACAUCCUAGCUUCUGACACUAUACCCAUUCUCCCCUCCCCCAUCUGCCUACCAAGCCUACUCACCUGGAUUCAUCUAUCGCCUGCCAACUCUUGCUCCACCUUUCCCUCCACCUUUUCAUACUGGCUGUCUCUCCAGAUUUCAGUCCAGAUGAAGGGAAUCAACCUGAAACUUCCCUCCGUAGAUGUUGCCUAAUGCACUGAGUUCUUCCUGCAUUUUGUGUUUUCCGAGGCUUAAAGUCUCCGUGUUGCCUUUAUGGCAGUCAUUUAGUUUAUAAUAUUUUCGCUUAGUAAUUCGUUUGUUAACAUUCUAGUUAAAGUUAGGAUUGUUUAAAGUAAAUUUGUUGUCUGUGAUAUAUCGUGGCAUGCGAUGACAUCACAUCCGGUUUGGCCGCGUCCUGUGGGAAAAUACCGGUUUGGAGAAACGGGAAGGAGGGGGUCGAGACAUGUGCGAGUGCAAGCAGCAGCAAUGUUUUCUCUCUACGCACCAGAAACAUUGUGAAGGCAACGCUGUGAGUUAUGAGAUAAUCGAUAUGUUGAAUUAAAAUGUUAACGCCGAUCCUGUUAAAAGUAACCACGGUCGAUAAGGUUUAUGUUUUCGUUAGUUAAAGAGUUG